AUGUCCGACGCCUGGUGGCGCCCGAUCGCGGACUCGUUCGCGUGGUCCGCGACCGCGACCGCGACCGCGUCUUCUGCGCCCGCGAACGAGGCGAAGGACGCGUUAAACGGGCUCUCCGAGGAAGAAUUCAGGAAACGAGCGAUUUCACGAAUGGAUGCGUCGAUGCGGGCAAAGUACGGUCGAGGCGCGACGUAUAACUUUAAGCUCGUUCUGCGAGGUGACACCGCGACGGGAAAGAGCACUCUGUUGCGGCGUCUGCGGGGAGGGACGUUUGUUGCGACGUACGAGACGACGAAGGAGAUCAAGACGGCGCACGUGAGCUGGAGGGCGAAAUCGUGUCCAGAGGAUAACGUCGCGUUGGAGGUGUGGGACGUCGUUGAUCGAGCGCCGAAGCGGAGUGUGAGCGAGAAUUUAACGCUGGCGAAAAAGGCGAACGCGGCGAAUGAAGGCGCGCACACGUUUCCGCUCGAUGCGACGGUCGUGGACGUGUAUCGAGGGGCGCACGCGUGCGCGGUGUUGGUCGAUCCGUCCAAGAGGUGGACGUUUGAUUACGCGAUGCGAACGUUGGAUGAGCUGCCUAAACACAUACCGAGCGCGUUGAUUUUGAAUUUUAGGGAUUAUCCCGACGAUAAGCGCGUAAUCACGGCGGCGGAGGCGACGGCGGCGGUGCAGGACGCGUUCGGCUCGCGGCCGUUCACGCCCGUGGUCAUCGAGACGUCUCUGUUGAAUUGUUACGGCUUGGUCUCAGUGUCGACGUUUUUACACGUGCCAUUUCUGUGUCUGAAGCGCAUGGCUCUCGAAGAAGCGCUAAAGGCGAAUACCACGGCGACGGUUCAGGCGCAGGAGGCUUUGGAAAAAUUCAAGGAGGCUUCGUACGAGGCGUACACGCGAAAGCUCGGCAUUCAUCAGCCAACCCCAGAGGAGCAGGAGGCGAAGGAAAAGGAGGAAAAAGAUAGAGCGUCGAACGGGACCGCGACCUCCGAGGCCCCGGCGGAGAGUUCGCUGAGCUGGAACAAGUUGAGCAACAUGACGAUCGGUGAGAUCCCGCUGUCGCUAGCGGGUGCCGCGCUCUCGUCCACGGCGAGCGCGGUGAGCACCAUCGCGCGAAAGACCCCGGCGGAGCUCUCGGCGGAAAUGGCGAAUAAUUUGAAGAAUUUCGCGAGCUUGGGCGGGGGCGGGGCAAACGGACAAACGGAUGCGGGCGACAAGAACCCCGCUUCGAACGAUCUUCCACCGCAGUUCAGUCACUUGGGUCCGGGCGGGAUCGAGCGCGCGGCGUUCGGCGGGCGCGACAUCGCCGACGAGGAUAAAGCCGCGAUAGAUAAGAUGAUUCAAAACAAAGGCGGCGACGACGGACAGUGGCUCGACGACGACAGCGACGAUGACGAGGAAAACAACGGUCAGAGCGAUGAAGAAGAGGACGUGGGGCGCAACGUGAAUCUCAAGAUGGAUGGCUGGGACGACGAAGAGGACGACGACGACGACGCGGAGAAGAUGGAUCCAGAUUCCCCGGCGCAUUUCAUUCGACAGAUACCUAAGGAAGAUCCUUUCUUCGGUGUGUCCGAUGAGAAGACAAAGAAUGGUAAGCCGCCGCUAUCACCGAUGCCGCCGACGGCGAUGCAAGACCUCGAUCCCGAGCGCCUCGCCGCGGCGUUUGAUGCGGCGUCGCCGCCAAGUCAGGAAGACUACGAAACACUCGAGGACCCGCUCGGUCUGACGCUCGCGCGCUCCGCGAGUGGGGUUAUGGCUUCGAGCGAAAGUGAGAGGAAGGAAAAGAAAAAGAAGGAGAAAAAGGAAAAAAAGAAGGAGAAGAAGAGUGAAAAAAGCUCGAGCAAGUCGAAAUCGUCGCGACGCGUCGAUUGGGACGAGAGCGAUUAG